AUGGAUAAGAUGUUUGCAAGAUUUGAAGGUAUAAAAAGUUUUAAAAAAAGUGAUUAUGUUGAUGUACAUGAUGAUGAUGGUAAAUGUGGUAAUGAUAGAGAUGAUAUUGAGCAUGUUAAUGUUGAUAGUGAUGGUGAGGAGUAUUUUUUUAGUGAGCAAUUAGAUGAAGAAGAAAUUUUGCAUGAGAAUAGAGGUAGUAUGCAUAAAAGUAGUGAUAAUUUGCAUGAUAGUAGUGAUAAUAUUGUUGACGAAGAUGAGCCUAAUAGUAUCCCUUGCUUGAAUAAAAAAUUUGCUAAUUUACAAAGGGCAGAAAAUUUAUUUAAGGCGUAUGCUUUAAACAAUGAUUUUGCAAUUAAGAUACAAAACACGCAGAGGCGAGUCAAUGAUAAAUCCAUAUAUGGUCGACUGUACGUCUGUAAUUUAGCGGGAGAAAAUCGUGGGAAAAACCCCGUUGAGGACGAAGAAAUAUUGAUUGGUAGUGUUGGAAGUGUUAAGGGCAAACGGCGUAGAGAUGUGCUGCCUAGAAGUGGUUGCAAAGUUAGAAUGUACGUGGUUAAUAAGAAAAAAUCAAGUCAUUGGGAGAUAACCUCUUUGGAAUUAGAACACAAUCACGAAGUCGUUACUCCUUCUAAGAUGAGUUUGAUAAGACGGGAGAGACAUGUGACCGCGGCUCAAAGAAAUUUAAUCAAGACCUUACAUGCUUCGGGUGUCCCACCAAGACAACAAAUGAAUAUUUUUGGUCAAAUGCACGGAGGAGCGGAACAAGUAGGUUUUAAUAGCCAACAUUUAAGAAAUGUCGUGCGCGAUUUUAGAAAGGACAACAUGGGAGUAAACGAUGCUCAAGCCGGUUUGGAUUUGUUGUAUCGUUUGAAAGAAGAGAGUGGCGGUAAGUUUUUUAUCAAGACUCUCCUUGAUGACGAACAAAGAUUGAAGUGUCUUGUAUGGGUCGAUCCCUGCUCUAUGAUGGCCUACAGAAAUUUUGGUGAUGUGGUUGUGUUUGACACAACAUAUCGAACUAAUAGAUAUGCUAUGCCGUUUGUGCUUUUCACCGGAGUCAAUCAUCACUAUCAAUCAAUACUUUUUGGUUUUGCACUCGUGCGGGAUGAAUUGAAGACAACUUUUGAGUGGGUUUUGAGUACUUGGCUAGAGGCGAUGGAAGACAAAGAACCCCUAGCUAUCAUAAUCGAUCAAGAUCAAGCCAUGACCGUGGCUAUUGAAUCACAACUACCGAAUACCUCACAUUUGUUAUGCUCAUGGCACAUUAGCAACAAAUUCCCCGAGAAACUUGCAACAUAUUACUCAAAGGAAGGGUUUAAAUUUGAUUUCAACAAUUGCAUCUAUCACUCUUUGACUGAAGUCGUGUUUGAGGAUCGGUGGAAGGUUUUGAUUUUGAAAUACAAUUUGGAAGGCAAUACAUGGCUUCAAGGGUUAUAUGCUUUGAAGCAUAAGUGA